AAAAGUUGAGGUGUUAGAAAUUAUUAUUUUAAUUCAUCGCAAGCCCAUCAAAUUGCUUCUUUAUUCACUUUUGUUUAGGCAAAAAAAAGGUAUUAUUUUGUAUUUCUGUUCUUUCAUUUGCAUCUUAAUUUUUGUAAAGACCUCAUUUGCUUCAAGCCUUGAAGAAAUUAUUUAUUCAUUAGUGUUUAAGCUCUCUUGGCAGAUAUGUCCUAUUUUCUUAGGAGAAAAGUCUUCAUUGUAGCUUAAGGUCAGUAGGAGGUUACUUGGCAAUAUUACUUGAAAUUAAGUCCACUUGUAGUUGUCAUGGGGGAAUAUUAAUAUUUGCACAAAUUUAUAAUCCUUGUUUAUUUCAGAAUAAUGUUUAAAAGGUGGAUUUUAAGUUAAGUAAAGCAUACUUAUAUAAUUUCCAUUUCCUGGGAAUCCAAAUUCUUAGACUGAUUCAUUUUUCCUGCUAAGUCCUAGCAAUAAAUUCUGUUAGAGGUUUAUGGGUUCAAAGUGCAAAGGUUAGGUUGCUGCUCUGUCUCACACCUCCAAAAGGCAUCUCCAAGAUUCUCUUCUUUGACUGGUACUAGUAGGAAUAGCUGCAUUUACUCACUUCUGAAUCCUUAACAGUGUUAUCAGAAUUAUCACUCAAGAUUUUCUCCAAAUUUUCUUCAAAAUAAUAUUUGCCAAGACAGCUGUGUAUAUAGCAAUGAUCUUACCCCCUUCUAAAGCAGUCUCAUAAGAAGUGAUGGUGGUGGUGGUGGUUCUGUUUUUCUUUUGUUAGAUUUGUAUUUCUGUUUCGUGGGUUUUUGUUUUUGUGAAAUUCUUCUUCCCUGGAGGUGGUUUUCCUUCUUUCUCUUCUGGUUGAUUCAUUGUGCUUCAAGAGGGUGUGGUGUUCCUUCCUUAACAGGACAAUUAUAUUGAAAAUGGCAGUAUCAUGACUUUUCUGAUUUAUUUCCUGACACAUUAGUAACUUGAUAUAUGAAUGAAGAUAAUGUUACUAUUUUAACCAAACUGAGGCAGGAAUUCAUUAAAAGGUGAAAAUUUUGACCAGAGUCCUUUGAGAAGAACAUUCAAAUCCAAAGUUCUGGCCCACUAUCCUCAGAAUAUAGAAUGGAACCCUUUCGAUCAAGAUGCAGUAAACAUGUUGUGCAUGCCUAAAGGACUAUCUUUCAGAACACAAACUGACAAUAAAGACCCUCAGUUCCACUCAUUUAUAAUUACCCGGGAAGAUGGUUCUCGUACCUACGGUUUUGUUCUCACUUUUUAUGAAGAAGUUACAAGUAAGCAAAUCUGCACAGCAAUGCAGACGCUCUACCAGAUGCACAACGCAGAGCAUUACAGCAGCUUGUAUGCGUCAUCCUCCUGCAGCAUGGACUCACUGGCAAGCAGUAUUGACGAGGGAGAUACAACUUCCCUUUUGAAACUCCAGCGAUACAACUCUUAUGACAUCAGCAGAGACACCCUGUAUGUUUCAAAAAGUAUAUGUUUGAUCACACCGCUGCCUUUCAUGCAGGCCUGCAAGAAAUUCCUUAUUCAGCUUUACAAGGCAGUUACCUCACAGCAGCCACCACCCUUGCCGCUUGAGAGCUACAUCCAUAAUAUUCUCUAUGAGGUGCCCCUUCCUCCUCCAGGGAGAUCACUGAAAUUUUAUGGUGUUUAUGAACCCGUCAUCUGUCAGAGGCCGGGCCCCAGUGAACUUCCUCUCUCCGAUUACCCGCUCCGAGAGGUCUUCGAGCUCCUGGGCCUGGAGAACUUGGUACAGGUGUUUACCUGUGUUCUUUUAGAGAUGCAGAUCCUUCUCUACUCACAAGAUUAUCAACGCCUGAUGACUGUGGCGGAAGGCAUCACCACACUUCUGUUCCCAUUUCAGUGGCAGCAUGUUUAUGUGCCCAUCCUCCCUGCUUCUCUGCUACAUUUUCUUGAUGCUCCUGUCCCUUAUCUGAUGGGCCUUCAGUCAAAAGAAGGAACUGACCGUUCUAAGCUAGAACUUCCUCAAGAGGCUAAUUUGUGUUUUGUGGAUAUUGACAACAAUUUUAUUGAGUUGCCUGAAGAAUUUCCACAGUUCCCCAAUAAAGUAGAUUUUAUCCAGGAACUCUCUGAAAUUCUUCUUCAAUUUGGGAUCCCUCCUGAGGGCAGCCUACAUUGUAGUGAGAGUGCCACCAAGCUAAAGAAUCUGGUUCUGAAAGACUUGGUCAAUGACAAGAAGAAUGGCAACGUCUCUGCUAAUAACAUUAGCAUGUAUGAGUUACUGAAGGGCAACGAAACCAUAGCCCGCCUCCAGGCUCUAGCCAAGCGGACUGGUGUGACCAUGGAAAAAAUGGACCUCUCUGCCUCUUUGAGUGAAAAAGAAAAAGAUUUAAAACUGCAGUGUGAAGAGGCAGAACUAAGGGACUACCAGCUCAACGUACAGCUCCGAGAGGUCUUUGCUAACCGCUUUACGCAGAUGUUUGCAGAUUAUGAAGCGUUUGUGAUUCAGACUGCUCAGGACAUGGAAUCUUGGCUGACCAACCGGGAACAGAUGCAGAACUUUGACAAAGCUUCCUUUCUGUCUGACCAGCCUGAACCUUACCUGCCAUUUCUUUCACGCUUCAUUGAAACACAGAUGUUUGCCACCUUUAUUGAUAAUAAAAUUAUGUCUCAGUGGGAAGAGAAGGAUCCUUUGCUUCGAGUCUUUGACUCUCGGAUUGAGAAGAUAAGACUGUAUAAUGUAAGGGCACCCACCUUGAGGACAUCUAUAUAUCAGAAAUGCAGCACUUUAAAAGAAGCAGCCCAGUCAAUUGAGCAGCGACUGAUGAAAAUGGAUCACACUGCAAUCCACCCACAUCUACUUGAUAUGAAAAUUGGUCAAGGCAAAUAUGAGCAAGGGUUCUUUCCAAAGUUACAGUCUGAUGUCUUGGCAACAGGACCAGCUAAUAACAAUCGCUGGGUAAGUCGGAGUGCCACUGCACAGCGCCGGAAAGACCGCCUUCGCCAACAUUCCGAGCACGUUGGGCUGGACAACGACUUGAGGGAGAAAUACAUGCAAGAGGCACGAAGUUUAGGAAAAAACCUGAGGCAACCCAAAUUGUCAGACCUCUCUCCUGCAGUGAUUGCACAAACCAACUGGAAAUUUGUAGAAGGCUUAUUAAAAGAAUGUAGAAUGAAGACAAAACGCAUGUUGGUGGAAAAGAUGGGACACGAAGCAGUGGAACUGGGCCAUGGGGAAGCAAACAUAACCGGCUUGGAGGAGAACACCCUGAUCGCCAGCCUCUGUGACCUGCUGGAAAGGAUAUGGAGCCAUGGCUUGCAGGUCAAGCAGGGGAAGUCAGCUUUGUGGUCACAUUUAAUUCAGUUUCAGGACAGAGAAGAGAAACAAGAGCACCUUGCAGAAUCACCAGUUGCCCUUGGACCAGAAAGAAGAAAAUCUGACUCAGGAGUUAUGUUGCCAACACUCAGGGUCUCUCUUAUCCAAGACAUGAGGCAUAUUCAAAACAUGAGUGAGAUCAAGACUGAUGUCGGACGAGCUCGAGCAUGGAUAAGAUUGUCUCUAGAAAAGAAGCUCUUGUCCCAGCAUCUCAAGCAGUUGCUCUCUAACCAACUGCUCACAAAGAAGCUUUAUAAACGUUAUGCUUUUCUACGUUGUGAAGAAGAAAGAGAGCAGUUUCUUUACCAUCUUCUUUCCCUCAAUGCUGUGGACUAUUUCUGCUUCACCAGUGUGUUCACCACUAUCAUGAUUCCGUAUAGGUCAGUGAUCAUUCCCAUCAAAAAGCUGAGCAAUGCGAUCAUCACAUCGAACCCUUGGAUCUGUGUAUCAGGAGAACUGGGAGACACGGGAGUAAUGCAGAUUCCCAAAAAUCUCCUCGAAAUGACUUUUGAAUGCCAGAACCUGGGGAAGCUGACUACUGUUCAGAUUGGUCACGAUAACUCAGGACUGUUAGCCAAAUGGCUAGUGGAUUGUGUCAUGGUGAGAAACGAAAUCACAGGACAUACAUACAGGUUCCCAUGCGGGCGGUGGCUGGGGAAAGGCAUUGAUGAUGGAAGCCUGGAGAGAAUUCUCAUUGGAGAAUUGAUGACAUCAGCAGCAGAUGAGGAUCUAGUGAAGCAGUGUCGGACUCCACCCCAGCAGAAAUCACCCACCAUGGCCAGGAGACUAAGCAUCACUUCACUGACAGGAAAAACUACCAAACCCAAUGCUGGACAGAUCCAAGAAGGAAUUGGAGAAGCUGUGAACAAUAUCGUGAAACAUUUUCACAAACCUGAAAAAGAGAGAGGAAGCCUCACUGUGUUGCUGUGUGGAGAGAGUGGCUUAGUUGCAGCACUUGAGCAAGUUUUCCACCAUGGCUUCAAAUCUGCUCGCAUCUUUCACAAGAGCGUCUUCAUCUGGGACUUCAUAGAGAGAGCAGUUGCUUAUUUUGAAACAACUGACCAGAUUCUAGACAAUGAAGAUGAUGUCCUCAUUCAGAAAUCAUCCUGCAAAACCUUCUGCCACUAUGUAAAUGCUAUUAAUACUGCACCCAGGAACAUUGGGAAGGACGGCAAAUUCCAGAUUUUAGUUUGCCUUGGAACACGGGAUCGCCUGCUCCCACAGUGGAUUCCGCUGUUAGCUGAGUGUCCUGCCAUCACCCGAAUGUAUGAGGAGAGUGCCCUCCUGCGAGAUCGCAUGACCGUCAACUCCCUCAUCCGCAUUCUGCAGACCAUCCAGGACUUCACUAUAGUCUUAGAAGGCUCACUCAUCAAAGGAGUGGAUGUGUAACCCAAUUAGCUAGAAACUCGCAGUCCAGACCCCUUGUUCCUGAGCCUUCCCCAACGACGGGGACCGAUUUGGACUUGUCUGAUGAGGUAGUGAGUCACUGCAGGGGGCAACACACCGUAUCCCCCAAUUUGAACAAUGCUGACACUACAGACAAGGUAAAGUGCUGUAUUGUAGUUCAUUUGAACCUGGAAUUUAGUAUAAAAUAGAGUAUUUUCAUGUGUUAGAUGUGUGUAAAUAUGCUCUCUUCUUUGAGAAAUUAUAUUACUCUAAUAAGAUAACUUUUCUUAGAUUGAAUAUUCCUGUGACUUAAAAUAAGUAGCUUAAAAGUAUUGGGAGGUGGGGGGUGGGGGGAGGAGAAAGAGUGGUGCUAGUCAGGAAGAAGCCAGUAAACAUGUAAAUACAGUGCAACCCAGUGGGGCUUUUUUUUCCCUCCCGGUAUCACAAAGGAACUCAGAAUGCAUUGUUAUGUCGUAACCAGCCAUCCUGGUGUCUGAUCCUUUGUAUUGUGAAUGUAAACAGCUUUACCUACUGUAGGGGAUAGUAGCCCUCACUUACAGCUUUUAAGUUUCACAUGGUUUCAUACAUUUGAAUUGAGCCACUUUUCCAGUCUUUUGGAAAAAUUUUUUCCGUCAGCACAAGAUAUGAUUCAAAUAUUUUAAAUACUGUACCCCAGGAGCUUGGCUAAACUGGAAAGAGAACACACAAAGCCCUGAGAAGUGUGUUAACUUGUGGGAUUAUAACUUCUUUACACUUUGGAAAGAUUAGCCUAGACUAACUUCAUUCUUGGCAUUUUUAUUCUUGUUAUUUGAGGUACUUUGGGGAGAUGUGAAUUUCAGAGUGUUGGCCUCAUGGUCUUAAGAACUGCAAACAGCAAUUUGAUUCUGUACUUUUAAUUUGGCCAUCUCAACCCUGCAGUGGUCCCUUACCUCUUAAAGAUAAACACAAACACGGUCUUUGUUUGGUUCCAAUCACCCGCCUCCCCUCUCCCGGUGCACAUCCCCCCUCAGGAAAUGGAAAGAAUGUUUAAGAAGGAGGAGGGCCCUGUGUGGCUUGGAAUGUUUUUGUGAAAGUAUUUGUUGACCAUGAUAAUGCAAAUAACAGAAGAAGAGAGAAAGAAUGAACCCUUUCUGGGUGUUUCAGGGCAAGCUUUAUGUUCUUUUGUAAGCAGGGGUGAAAAUGGAAAACAACUGGCCCAGAGAAGGUACAGGCCAGUACUGACAAAAUGGAAGCGAAACAAGAGGCAACAAUUUUAGGAGACCAAACAUUGUCACUUUCCAGUUUGGUAUUUUUUAAGGAAGUUAAAUAAAUUUGGUAUUAGCUCGUUACCUUAAGUCUUCAUCUUACGGUCGGUCCUUUAAGUCUAAUUAGGCAUUUGCACGUUGUUAGCAGGGAAAUUGCCUCAGCAGAGCUCCAGAUUUUGUUCCCAGGUGUGGCUGAGAAGCAAAGCCAUGGCCUCUCAGGACCCUUGUGAAAUCUGAGGGUCCAGGCUUUAGCCAAUAGCGUUGUUUACCUUUUUUCCUGGAAGAAGAAACUAAUGAUACAAGUGCCUCACUCCCUUUAUCAAACACUGUAUUCAAGCAAGGCACACGCCCUUUUAAUACGUGACUGAGUACUUGAGGGUAGGGAGAGUUGAAGGCAGCAUUUAGAAACCCAUGGAAAGGGUUUAAGAAGAUGGUUCUGGGUGACCUGGGUAGACCAGAAAUUUGUUUGCCUACAGCUGAAGUUUGUCCACAGUGGUGUGGCUGUUCCAGGGACAUGGAAAGUCUGUUAUGGGAGACAUCCAGAACCUGUUGCACACUAGGCACUUACUGUUUCAGUGAUGAGAAACCACAGCGUGAUCCAAUCCCGGAUUUUGUCAUUGUUACCUUUUCCAAAGGCCAUGCUUCUGACACAUUCUGGGCAAACAGAGAGCUGGCUUAGGUUAGCAGGCUAGAAUUGAGUCAUCUAGUCUAGCCUUCUCAUUUUACAGAUGGGAACACUUAAGGGUCAGAGAGAUUAAAUACUUACCCGCACACCUGUGACAACACAGAGUCUAGAAUUCAUGUUUUUUAUUACACCAGGCUGCAUGAGACUGGCCUCCAAGGCAUUCAUAUUAAUAGUCUUUCUACCCUUGGUUUAUUCAUCCACCUAUACAGGUAGCACAGGGAUUAAUAUUCAUUUUAACAAAUUGUCCUUAAGUUAUAGAGAAUUACACCUAUUUUAAAAAGUAAGAGCAGGAAUUCUCUGGCGGUCCAGUGGUUAGGACUCUCACUGCCAAGGGCCCGGGUUUGAUCCCUGGUCAGGGAACUAAGAUCUCACAAGCCUCACAGCGCAGCCAAAAAAAAAAAAAAAAAAACUAGGAGCAAAAUUGGAUUUUGGACCUGUGAAUAAUACCAAUACUUUAAAAAUUAAUACCUCCCAAAAGAGUUAUACCUAAAGUUUCAUCCCACUUUCUAUUGUCUGACUAUAGUAGUGAGAUGACCAAUUUCAAAAGAAGGAAUCACACCAGAACUGACACAUCCUCUAGAAUGCUAGGCCCUUUAGAGUGGUCACCUUGGGAGUCCAUAUAUGUAUGCCAGUGAUAAAGCCAGUGCUCCAGACACCUGGGGGACCUCCUUAUGAGCUGCCUGAAUGACCUACAGCCCAUUCUUUUGAAUACUGCCAGUGAUGGGAAACGGUGGCCUUUCAAAAGAAAUUUAAAAUUUGAAACAACAAAAAGUCCUUAGGUUACAAGUUGAUGAAUGAAAAGCAAAGUUUGGGGUCACAUAAGAAACACAAUUCUAAAGAAAUAAGACUUAGUUCUUACAUGGCUUACAACUAGCUUUGAGCCAAUAUCAAAAUAUUUUGAGCGGGACAGUAGCAGAAUCCUUAGAAUAAAUGUACAUAGCCUUCUAAGCUAACUUCUGAAGGUCAUUCAGAGGUAUACUUUCUGCUCUGUUAACACUUUAUUUUUUUUUCCUGUUAAUACUUUAAACUAGUAUAUUGCUUUAUCAUCACACUUCAAAGUUAAAGUACAUAAAAAUCAAUUUUGUAAUUGACCUUUUUUUUUUCUCAAAAUAAAUUAAAAGUAAUGCCUGGAAUCAUAAUUAGUAUUUUCACAUAAUAAUAGGUUAAGAAGAAAUUGUUUUAAAAUUAACUUGCCAAAAAUAUUAUCUCUUGAAACAUUUAUCUUCCAAGUGUUUUUCAAAUGUCCUGAAACUCCUAAUAUCAACCUUGGUGACAUAGUAGCAUUACACCAACAUUGGUAUUAUGUGUGAGACCCUGAAGCUGUGCCCUGUCUGGGGGCUUACCAGCGCCUUAAAAAUGACUGAGGCUCAGUGUGGAGUAGUAUAAAGUAGGGUUCUCAGUGGAGAAAAAUGGGCUGCUGAGAACAAAAGGAAGGCCUCUCAACCUUAUCCAUCCUCUUUCCCACUGGGGGCAAGAAUUUGAUAGAAGAACCUAAAGCUUGCAAAAGUUUAUGAUUUCCCUCUAAAAUUUAUUUUAAAUAUUUCACACAUUUUGUACCUUUUGUAACACUAUGGUAUUUACUUUAACAUGGUUUUUUAAGAAAUCAUUUUAAUGAACUUCUGUCACACUAUAUGAAUGAUACAGGGGAAAUACUGAAUUGCUCGUAUUUCCUUUUUUUGGCAAUAAAGCACUGUAGUAUGUAAAUGUAAGUAAAAGAGGGAUAGAGGCUAUACAUAACAGUUCAUGUGUAGUAAAUGUUGACACCUCUGAGAUAUUUUGAAACAUGAGGCAACAGACAAGGACCUCAGAUUCCCCAGGGAAAUAUUUAUUUGACAGCAUUGGAAGUGUAACUCUUAAUGAUGAAAUAGCUUCUUUCUGCUAAGAAUUAUGAUUUUUUUCAGUAGAUUUUCAUUUUGAGAACUGUGAGUAUUUUCUCUGUGAGGUUUACAGAAACUAGUCUAUCUUUUUCACCAUUCAAAAGGACAGUCUGAACCGUAGCUAUUUACAUUUCAGUAUUAACACACCUUCACUGAUUGAGAAUGGAGUCUUGAGAUCAUCUCUACUUUUUUAAAGUGAAUCAAUCCUAUUUCCAAGUCAUCCGUGUCGUUUGAAGUCCAUGUUUCUUAUAUAAGUAUUUGUUACAUUACCUUUUAGUGUAAAAGGAGGCAGAAACAAAUAAUAAGCUACUAGGUCUCUUAUUCCUGUUAAAAUACAUUUAUAAAUCUCUUGAAUCAAACUGAUUUCCAAGCUUUUUGAAGAGGGUACCGAUGGAGUGAGAUCAGAGUAAUCCAAGGAGAACCUCAUCCUAUCACAUCUUACUAGACAUGAUUGUCCUCUCAAGGACAAAAUAAAGAUUGGCUCCAGAAAGUUAUCAAUCACAUUGAGCAGUUAAUACCAGAGUGAAAAAAAAUCGUCAAAAACAGUCUCCUCAUUUGAAGGAAUCCAGGGUAUCCUUGGGUUAUGUGGGAGGGAAUCAUGCUUGACCCAAUUACCUAAAUGUAUUUACAUGUGGCCCAGCCUUUAUUCCAAACACUAGACAGAUCUUAUUAAAAGUAGAGAGGUAUGGUGAGAGUUCCUGUUGUCAAUCAAAUGAGGGUGUUAAACUUAUAAAAAGAAUUCUCUGUGUUACACUUGAACCUUGUAUAAAUGUACCCUGUGUAUCUUUUUUUUUAAAUGAGCAUUUCUGCAUUUAAAUUAUAUUGUUUUCUUUGUAUUGUUAACAAAAUGCAUCAGAACUGGAUUUUUUUUCUCAUCUGAGCAUACUUAAAAUUUAAAGAGUAUUGUGAUAUCAAGCACUUUAACAUAUGUAUCAGAGAAACUGAUGUGGGUUUUUCAGGUUUUGGAGUACAUUUAAAUAUGACUUUUCAUGCUUCAUUCUUUACAAAUAAAACUGUGGGGUUGAUACUU